UCCUACACGGCAUUUGGUGCCCGACGGCGGAGGGUAGAAGCGUCGCUUAAACUAAGGCUAAUGGUGUUCGGCGGGUGACCGUCGCCAUGCUAUGGCAGCCGGGGUGGACCUCAUCAUAUCCGCCGUCUGCAACGCCACCUUCUGCGAACCCAUCUACGAUAACCCUGCUCUAGAAACAACACAUUCAAAAUCCCGGGCGGUUCUCAAUACUUUAGCCAAAGAAGUGAACGGCGCACAUCUCAAGAUUGCGACAUUUAAUAAUUUUCCUAUGAGCUGGGUGGAGCGGCAAGAAAAUGGAACUCACGUGGGUCGCGGUGUGGCUUUCACUAUCGUGGACAUUUUGCGCGAAAAGUUCAACUUUACGUAUGAAAUCGUUGUUCCGGAGAAGAACUUCGAAAUGGGGGGCAAGAUGCCCGAGGAAUCUCUAGUGGGGAUGGUUAAUGUCAGUAAUGUCGACAUGGCCGCAGCAUUCGUGCCCAAGGUCUGGCAAUACCAGAGGAAGGUGGACUUCUCGACAGACCUGGACGAAGGGGUGUGGAUAAUGAUGCUGAAGAGGCCCAAAGAGUCUGCCGCCGGCUCCGGACUGCUAGCACCAUUCACUAGCCACGUUUGGUACUUAAUCCUGGUAGCAGUACUAGCGUACGGCCCUUGCAUCACUCUUUUGACAAGGCUUCGUUCCAAAAUCAUGCCAGAGGAUGAGCAGCCCAUCAAGCUGUCCCCCAGUUUCUGGUUCGUGUAUGGAGCCUUCAUCAAGCAGGGGACUAAUUUGGCGCCGGAGGCUAAUACCACCCGAGUGCUGUUCACAACUUGGUGGCUGUUCAUAAUUCUACUAUCAGCAUUCUACACCGCGAACCUGACUGCCUUCCUGACUCUGUCCAAGUUCACCCUUGACAUCGAGUAUCCGAAGGAUCUGUAUAAGAAAAACUACCGCUGGGUGGCAGCAGAGGGCAGUGCGGUGCAGUAUAUUGUUGCAGCUCCAAAUGAAAACCUCUACUACCUAAACGCGAUGGUGAAAAACGGGCGCGCGGAGUUCCGUUCCUUUCAGAACCAUUCGGAGUACCUACCCAUGGUGAAGAACGGAGCGGUUCUGGUGAAGGAACGCGACGCGAUAGAACACACCAUGUACGCGGAUUAUCUUCAGAAGGCCCGUGAGGGAGUCGCUGAAGCUGACAGGUGUACGUAUGUAGUAGCUCCUAACAAAUUCAUGGCUAAACGGAGAGGAUUUAUAUACCCUAGAAAUAGUAAACUGAAGCCCUUAUUCGAUUCAAUACUCUGGUUUAUCAACCAAGCGGGUCUGGUGAACUUCCUCAAGAGCCGGGACCUGCCGUCCACCAAGAUCUGCCCGUUAGACUUGCAGUCCAAGGACCGUCAGCUCAGGAACAGCGACCUCAUAAUGACAUACAUGAUCAUGAUCGUCGGUCUGUGUGCGGCCAGCGCCAUCUUCAUUGGAGAGGUUGUGGUAAAGCGGUACGUCCGAAUUAAAUUCCGAAAACCAGCGGACAAAACCAAAGAGAAAAGGAAGAAGACCAAAUUCAACAAGAGUUCCACGGUGCACUACUACUACGAUAGCAAACCUCCGCCGUACGACGCCAUCUUUGGAAAAUCUAAACCGAAGCUUCUAGAAGGUAGACAACUAAAGGUUGUUAAUGGUAGAGAGUAUUUGGUAGUAGAAUUUAAUGGAGGGUCUAGAUUAGUUCCUGUUAGGACACCGUCUGCGUUUUUGUAUAAUUUGGAGAAAUAACAAAAAAAAAGGCGCGAUUAAAACGAAUAACUUUUAUAGUAAAAAAUACCUUCACAUAAAUUUAAUGUUAUAAAGAUUUAGAUCAAAUUUUAUUUCUGUAAUAUUAAUUACAAAUAACUAUUUUAACUACUUAAAAGGUACUAUUUUUGUAGGACUUCACCUAGACGAGUGUGAUGUUAUGUAGUUUUUGUUUAGGUGAUUGAAUCAGUAAAUGCCACAUUAGAUUUAAGUGUUGAUUUGAUUCACUAAUUAGCACUGAGGAGCAGAACAUUAUAUAUAUUAUGUGAUGUUACGAAAUAAAACGAUCUUUCAAA